UGCUUUUAAAUCAUCUUCUAUUUUCAUGGUAAACAUGGCGCUGUUCGAAGCCUGUUCCAAACAGUUUAUCAAAGACACAGGGCGAUCGACCCUUCGUCCAAUUCUUGAUUUAAAUACGUCGACACGUUGUAGUAUUCUAUGUGUUGUAACGAGAAAAAGAAGCCGUUGGUUUUGGAAGGCAGACACAUACAAGUCUACAUCCUUUACUUUGAAUGAGCUGUUAACGAAGCCAGUUCUUAUCAAAGGUCAUAUUGAAAAAUCCACUUUCAUCUCUGAUUACAAAAAUGAACCAAAGUUCCAUGUAAGUGGUAAACUGGGAGGCAAAAUUGCAUCAGAGUUUGGAAUUGAUGCAUCUGCAAUAGACUCAUUUACAAUCAGCAUGGAUGUGGGAACUGUAUUGAAAAGAGAAGUCACUUGGGAUAACUUGAAGAAGGUUCUAGCAGACACAACAUUGAAUCUGGAUCAUGAAUAUGUGCAGUACAUUCUUGCCAAACAGAGAAGAAGUAUCUGUGUCAUUUAUGAAACAGUUGCAACUAAAGGAGAUACAGAUCUUGAUUCAGAUUCCAAGGAAGAAGGUGAUGCAAGUGUGAGUGUUGGUAAACCCAAGUUCUUCAUCAAAUUGACUGGCUCAAUAGAAUUGGAACACCACCGUUCAUAUGAACUUCCUAGUAAUACAAUUUUAGGAUAUGCUUGUUAUGAAGUAAAAUUUGACCCAGACAUGGGAACCUUUGAGCUGGUUCUACCUGAUGAGACAGAUGCAGGAGGAGAGAUUGGAAAGAAAUAUUUGUUUGAUGAACCAGAUGGGCAGAAAGAUAAGGCCCUAUCAGCUGUCUUUGAUGACCUUCUGAAGUCUCCACGCCUUGGCAAGAUCAUUAGUCUCUAUAAGGAAAUUCUUUCCUAUCCAGAAGCAGUUGCACCUCUCAGGGAUAUGUUGGAGAAAGCAUUAUCAGCUGUUGAAAAGAAGAGUUUUAAGCCACUUGAAAUGAAAGAAUUCCAAACCAAGGCUGGACCAGCUUUUGGAUCUCUCAAGGAACUUCUACUUCUGAUAGGAUUCAAUAUUGAUGAUUCAGGAGAAGGCAGUUUGACUUUCUCCCAAGAUUCUGAUGAUGGGUUGUUACUUUGUUGCACUGCUCUUGCAGAAGCUCUUGUUGAACUCUCGGCUGCUCAAUGUCAGACAAUAAAAGAAGUGACUUCCCAAUACCUGGAGCCACUGUUGUAUCUGCUCAAGAAUACAAUGGUAGGCAAGACGACAUCAAUAGAUGAUCCUCUUCUUCAAAGGCUAUGGACACAUUCAUCAAACCCUGCCAAGGCAUUUCUUUUGUCUGUUGGAUUUGAUCAGGUUAUGGAAGGAAAUCAAAAGGUUUUGUGCCUGAAGUGGGACUUUGAACAAAUCUCUCUUGAAGAUGUUUAUGUUGCAGUUUUUGUUAUGUGCACCAAGAUUUAACACACAAAGUCAUCUUCAUAACUCUGUAGAAGCUGACUCUUCUUGUAAUGGCAGUGAGAAGAAAUCACUGUUCCUUGGUCAAGCUUGGUGAAAUUGUUUUUCAUACACAACAUCCAUCCUACUCUUAGUUUUGAAACAUUCUCAUGCAUUAUAUGAAAAUGCUGAUUGUAUAUACCACAUACAUCUGAGUGGCCUGUGGUUCAACCAAUUAAAGGUGAGAUAAUGAAGAGGGGAAAAAAAUGGAAGGGAAUGUCUUGUUGGUUUUGUCUUUUCUUUUUUCUUGUAGGAUUUGUGGAGCUUUGCAUUGCUAAUAACUGCCUUGCUUUUUUGUAACAGUCAUUGAGGAAAAGGGUAUAAUAUUAAGAUUUAGUGUGAACUAAAUGUACAGGUACCUUUCGAUUAUUUAAUGGAAUAAAAUGCUUAAAGUAAUGAGUGUAAAGUACCAGGAAAUACUGACUUCAUUAUUUCCUCUUUUUUUGUUACUUGUUGAUGAAGCUAAAUUGUAGUCAAAAUUUAGGUACCAGGUAUCUAACAUUUCUGGAACCUUCAUUUAAAAUCACCCUUUGAUAGUAUUAUGCUAUUGUACUGGUAAGAAUUUUUUGUGUGACAAAAUUGUGAAAAUAAGGUAUAGAAAAUCUUUUCAUCUCAAACUUUCAUUGCUAUCACAGGUAUAUGAAUUUUGAUGUGACUUCAGUUAGUCUAAAUGAACUAUUAAUGAUAGCAAAGUUCAUCCAUGAAAUGGAGAAAUCUGUGUAGUGAACACUAAAUUAUUGAAAGUUUUGCUGCUGAAUUUAUUAGGAAUGUGUGAGGAAAUGGGCACAGUGAUCAGUACUUAUCAAGCUUGAGGUUAGGUGGAUGUCAUAGUAUUGUUAUAUUUUUACUCAAUAUAUUCAUUUGAUUAUUUGAAGAUUGAACAUGAUACCAGGGUAGUCUUUGUCUGUGAUAAUAAUUGUUGUAUUGGCUUUAAGAAUUUUUUCUUUUGAAAUAAUUUUCAAUCUUCAAACUAAUUCAUUUGAUUUCUCCAAAGAAUAUGUGGGGGAUGAGUUGUUUGAUUGCCUCUCUUAACUGAAAUAAGUCUUAUUGAUAUGAACUGCAUAGAUCAAUAUAUUUUUCAAUUCAAUAAGAUUUUAUUCUAGAAGUUAUGUUUCAAAAUUUUCAUGUGCUGCAAUCAUUGUUAACACAGGUUGCUAUCUUAAUUUAUUACUUUCCAUUCAAAUGACACAAAUUCAAGACUGCUCAAUAAAUGUAAAUAGGUAGAUGGAAUGGAUACAGAUUUAAUGGGAAAAUAAGAAUAUUUAAAAAAAGAUACAAUUUCACUAGUAAGUUUUAAUUAUUAAAGAAAUUAAUACUGUUAGUUACCAACGAUCUCUAUUGUAUCAAAUGAAAAUCGAAAAAUAAAAAGUUAGUCCAA